UGCCAAUUACUCAGUGGAAAAACAGUUAAUUUCCUCCCAUUCAAGCUGCUAAAUUGACCACCAUGAUGAAAACUGAAUGAAGACUAAAUCCUGGAAAGCUUCAAAGAGGAGGCCUCACCAGCAGUGCUUCCUCCCCUGGGAGGGCUGAGGACUCUCACUGACAGCCACCGGGCUCAGACAGAAUGAAAGGUCUCCGUUGGCGUUACACUCGGCUGCCCAGUCAGGUGGAAGAUGCUUUAUCUGUAGAGAAGGGUGAGGAUGAGGAAGAGGAAGAGGAAGAGAAGACAGCCCCAGCUCCAGCCUCAGUCUCAGCUCCUGCUCCUGAAGAUCCUGUGGAGCCCCAGCUGGCAGAAGCCAGCCAGGUUCUCGGACCCUUGGAGAUUAGGCAGCUCAGCCUCCACCUCCCCCCAAGAGUCACUGGACAUCUCUGGAGCCUGGCCUUCCGAACAUCGAGAGAUGGCUUCAGCCUGCGGAGCUUGUACAGGCAGAUGGAAGGCCACAGCGGGCCGGUGCUGCUGGUGCUAAAGGACCAGGAUGGUCAGAUGUUCGGGGCCUUCUCCUCUUCAGCUAUUCGACUCAGCAAAGGCUUCUAUGGUACUGGAGAGACCUUCCUCUUCUCCUUCGCCCCACAGCUAAAGGUCUUUAAGUGGACAGGAAGCAAUUCUUUCUUUGUGAAAGGAGACUUGGAUUCACUGAUGAUGGGCAGUGGCAGUGGCCAGUUUGGGCUGUGGUUGGAUGAAGACUUGUAUCAUGGGGGAAGCCAUCCUUGUGCAACUUUCAACAAUGAGGUGCUGGCCCGGCAGGAGCAGUUCUGCAUCAAGGAGCUGGAGGCCUGGAUCCUGAGCUGAUGUCCCCAUGGUGGGCAGCUUCCUAAAGCAACAAAUGCUCAGACCUGCUCAUGAAUGCCAUCUAGACCCUCUUUAGAGAGCGCUGCCCAUUUUCUCCAAAAUCUAGAAGACUGGCUGUGACCAUACCUCUCUGUGGCCUGGGGACCCAAGACAGGCAUGGAAGCAAAUAAUGUUCUCCUGGAGAGGUGACUCUGAAGGAGUGAAAGGUAUUCACACCUCAUCUGAGCAGCACAAAGUCCCUGAUGAAAUUUCUUUUUAUUUAUUUAUUUUUUAAAGUAAGCUUCAUGCCCAGCAUAGGAUUUUGAACAAAGGACCCUGAGAUCAAGAGUCACAUGCUUCACUGAGCAAGCCAGGCACCCCCUGAAAUUUCUUUUUAGGAAUUAUACAACUAAUACAUGUUUAUUGUAGAAAAAACAAAAGACUUAAAAAAAAUUAAAAUUGCCUAAAAUUCAACCACCCCCAAAACAUUAACAUUUUCAUUUUCAUAUAUACCUUUCCAGAUAAUUUUCCAUGGAGAUAUGUGUGUGUGUGUGCAUAUAUAUCUUAUAAAAAUGGGAUUCUAUUCUGUAUGUCUUAUUUAUUUUUUAAAGUUUUUUUUAAAUUUUUAUUUAUUUAUGAUAGUCACACACACACACACACACAGAGAGAGAGAGAGAGAGAGAGAGGCAGAGACAUAGGCAGAGGGAGAAGCAGGCUCCAUGCACCGGGAGCCCGACAUGGGAUUCGAUCCCAGGUCUCCAGGAUCGCGUCCUGGGCCAAAGGCAGGCGCUAAACCGCUGCGCCACCCAGGGAUCCCUAUUCUGUAUGUUUCAGAAAUCAUUUUAACUUAAUACUAUCAAACCACAGACACCUGGACUCAACUGGUGAAACUAAUAGACUUCAGUAGCAUCUUUCCUUUUCUAGUACAUUGAACACUUCUUGUCUGCCACCAGUAUGCUGGGUGCUUACAAAUCUCUAAUUUCACAAGGAAGAUAUGAAAGCAGCAAAUGAACAAUAUGCCUAUUUGGAUAAAGAAGUUGAAUCUCUGUAGGUGGGGUCGGACCUAGGGCAGGUUAAAAAGGAGGAAAGAGAUGUUUCCUGACACAAGAGCUCAGGAAAUGAAUAAACAUCCAUAUCCCUUCCUGUGACAAUGCUUGCCUCCUGCCAGAAAACCAAGUAAGUCCUGCUAAAUAUCAUCUCCUCUCCUGCAAACUGAACAUAGCG